CACUCUCUCUCUCUCAUCUUCUUUGUUUCCAACGUCUCCUCGUGUCCACAAAAAAUUUUACGCCCACCCAGUUCAAAUAUUGUCUCUCUCUCUCCCCAACUGCAGUCUGUCCUUCACUCUUCCCAUGGCGACUGCCUCAGCAAUCCCACGAAGUUUACCCUUUUCUCCUCCCAAUCACCGCCGUUCAAGAAUCUUUUCUCAAACUUGUCCCAACUCUGCCAAAAACCCUAACAGUACCCUUUCGAGAUUGUCACCAGUAGCUUCCAAAGAUGUCCAAAUCUUUCAUAGUUCGCGUAAUUUCCGUGAACCUUCACUUCCAACUAGGGUUCUUGGACUUCAUUCCAAGUAUUUGCAUAUGGGCACCCACAAAACUCACUGUAAUAGAAAGAUUAAGGCCAGAUCAAUGAGCUCAGACAGCAGUACUGCCUCCACAACCCUUCAGAGCAGCGUGUUUGGAGCGUUGCAUUUGAUUGUCUCACUUGGGAUUAUUCUAGCAAUGGAUAAGUUCUUGAAAAAGGCUUUUGUGGCUGCUGCCAUUAAAUUCCCAAGUGCCCUAUUUGGGAUGUUUUGUAUAUUCACCAUUCUAAUGAUUCUUGAUUCUACUGUCCCUGCUGCGGCCACAAACUUGAUGAACUUCUUUGAGCCUGCGCUUCUGUUUAUCCAGAGAUGGCUUCCAUUGUUCUAUGUGCCAUCAUUGGUGGUUUUGCCUCUUGCAGUUAAAGAUAUUCCUGCCGCAGCAGGAGUGAAGAUAUGUUUCAUUAUAGUUGGAGGGUGGCUGGCUUCACUCUCUGUGGCUGGUUAUACCGCUAUAGCAGUAAGAAAAAUGGUAAAGACAGAAAUGAUACCUGCCGAGCCUAUGUCAAAGCCUUCUCCUUUCUCUUCAAUGGAAGUGUGGGCUUGGAGUGGAAUUUUUCUCAUUUCAUUUGUUGUGGCACUUUUAUACCCUACAGUACUUGGAACAACUGCUAGAACAUGCCUGCCUUUUCUACUGGCGUCUACUGUAUUAGGUUACAUGGUUGGUUCUGGGCUGCCAUCUAAUGUGAAGAAGGUUUUCCAUCCAAUUAUUUGCUGUGCACUAUCAGCAGAUCUGGCAGCAUUGGCUUUUGGGUACUUUUCCCAGUCUGGACUGAAUCCGGUUCUAGGAUAUUAUCUUACAAAGGUCUCGUCUAAUCCUGGAGCUGGUGACAUUCUGAUGGCAUUCUUGGGAUCUGUUAUCAUCUCUUUUGCCUUUUCUAUGUUCAAGCAGAGAAAGCUCGUGAAGAGGCACGCAACAGAGAUAUUCACAUCUGUCAUUGUUGCAACUCUGUUUUCAUUGUAUUCUACUGCUCUGGUUGGACGUCUUGUUGGGUUAGAACCAAGUUUAACUGUAUCAAUUCUACCCAGAUGUAUAACUGUGGCACUAGCCCUCAGCAUUGUAUCAUUUUUUGAAGGUGCUAAUACAUCUCUCACCGCUGCAUGUGUUGUUUUAACUGGUCUGGUGGGAGCAAAUUUCGUUCAAGCAAUGCUUGAUAAACUUGGUUUCAACGACCCUAUUGCACGAGGAAUUGCAACUGCAUCUAGUGCACACGGAUUAGGAACAGCAGCACUGUCAGCAAAAGAACCGGAGGCUCUCCCAUUUUGUGCCAUUGCAUAUGCUCUGACUGGUAUAUUUGGUUCUCUGAUUUGCUCAGUUCCGGCAGUCAGGCAAAACUUGCUUGCAGUAAUUGGAUGAAACAAACUACCCAUCUUUUUUUCCUCCAUUUCCACCCUUUCCAUGGGCUUAUAGGAGUCAUAUGGUGAUAGAAGCAGCAGUCUCUUGUUGAUUGGCGUAUCGGUUAUAGCUAGCUAUAUGCUGUACAAAAUUUGCAGAUUUUGUUGAUGCACUAGGGUAAAGAACUAACAGAAGGGCUAGACUCGUCGAAUUGAAAAGUGUACAUGGAGGUACUUUUAAGAAGCAUUAUUGACGAUAAUUCUGAGUCCAAAUGUUGUUGUUGCACAACUAAUUGGUUGGAUUGAACAUUUACCAUUCGAUGUCAUCCAGAUUGGUAGAACCAGUUGAAUUUGGAUCGUUAUUAUCGUGAAUAGGUUGUGAAUCAUGUCAGGUGAGGUGGGUUCAUGUUGAGUUUUACCAGGUUCGUGUCAAAAAGACUCAAUUCAUACCUGAUUCACUUAUUGUGUCUAGCGAAUCAUGUCAUAUCCAGGUAGUGUUGUAUAUAAAUUGUGUAUAACAGGUUUAUAAAUGAGU